AAAGAAAGCAAGGUGCGGUAUCGUGCAGCGAAGGGGAUGCCACGUCGUGCUCCGCUGCUCGCGCUAAAUAUGGAGUAUUGUCCAAUCCCCACCUCACACAGCACACACGCACUGCGCGCCGGCGAGCCACGCAAUGAAGCCCCCCGGCCGCCUCGCCACUGCCGCUGCAGCGGCAUUGCUCGUCGCCACGUCGCUGCUGGUCGCCACCCUCCUCACCUCGCCGCUGCCGCUGCUGCCGUUGCUCCCGUGCCUGCCCGGCGUCCUAGCCCCCUCGGGCGUCGGGUACGAGCCUUCAGGCCUCGCCGCGCUCGCCGACGCCGCCGUGUACUACGCCAGCACGCGCACCGUCCCGCAGCAGUCGCGCGCCGAGAUCUCCCUCUCUCUCGACGUGCUGCGCCGCCGCGCGCCGAUCCGGCUGCUGGUGUUCGGCCUCGGCCACGACUCGCGGCUUUGGCACGCGCUCAACCCCGGCGGCGUCACGGUCUUCCUGGAGGAGGACCCGGAGUGGUACCGCAUCGUGCGCGCUAAGUCGCCGUUCCUGCGCGCCCAUCUGGUCACCUACCGCACGCGGAUGGAGCACGCCGACCUCCUCUUCGACUCCUACAAGAACUUCUCCUCCUGCGUCCCGGGCGCCGGGGCCGAGGCCGCCGACGCCCCCGUGCAGGUCCGCGACAACGCGGCGUGCCCGCUGGCGCUGCACAACCUGCCGCCGGAGGUGUACGAGAACGAGUGGGACAUGCUCAUGCUGGACGCGCCCAAGGGGUACUUCGCGUCGGCGCCUGGCAGGAUGGCGGCGAUUUGGACGGCGGCGGCAAUGGCGCGGGCGAGGCGCGGCGAGGGGGACACCGACGUGUUCCUGCACGACGUGGACCGCAAGGUGGAGAAGAAGUACGCCGAGGAGUUCCUCUGCGACAUGUUCCGGGUGGGAAGGGCCGGCCGGCUCUGGCAUUUCAGCAUCCCGCCGGUGUCACGGCGGGGGAACACGACGGCGUCCGGCGGUGGCAAGAGGCCUUUUUGCUGACGAUGCAAAUUCCCGAGCGGUUUGAAAAUGGCAUUGUUGCUGUUCAGUCAUGUUCGUCUUGUGUGUUGAGCACAGCACAUGUCACAUGUGUGCUUAGUUUUGCCUGUUGCGCAAUAAGGAACCUCACACGUGCUUCGCUUGUGGGGAGGUGCGUCGCAGAAGUGGGCCGCAUGGACAAGAUCUUGUCGUGGGAUGGCAUGACAGAUACAGAUCGUGGCAUAAAUGGGUCAUGUUAGUGGUUGUUUGGAAGCUAAUGAGGAUUUGUAGAAAAAUGAGUUGAUUUUUAGA